UGCGUAGACCUUGGUGUGGCCGACCGCAUGACACAGAAGGAAACAAGCCGCCUCGCUUCCCAGAUCAGGAGACUCUACGGGGCAAACAGGCGGGCUGAGAAGCCGUUUUGGCUCUGUCUGACGGAGUUUGUGGUGGGCUCAUUGAUCUAUGAAGAGUGUUUUCGCAUGAACGACGGCUUCUCCAAUUAUUUGAUGGAUACAACUCAAGAAAGUUACCUGGACCUGUUUCCUUUAGAUGCAAUUGUUUAUCUCACUCCUGACUCUGAGAAUGUCCUUGAAGAUAUUGAUCCAAAUAAAGUGUACGUCCUCGGAGGCCUGGUGGACGAAAGCAUUCACAAGAAGCUGACUCUGCAAAGAGCAGAAGAGCAGUCCUUGCAAACAGCCCGCCUCCCCAUUCGUGAGUACAUGGUGAAAACUGUUAACACCAAGAACUACCACUCAGAGACACUGGCCAUUAAUCAAGUCUUUGAUGUCUUAUCAACUUACUACGAGACCCGAAGCUGGCCAGCAGCCUUGAAAGCUGGAGUUUCUUCUGGAAAAGGCUAUGUGCUACCAGAUGCAGCGAAAUAA